AUGGCUGAGAAGGAUCCGCUCAGCGGCAGGCCGGGCCAUCUCGAUCCUGGCCAACAGCAUGUGCUGAAGAAGUUCAAGACGGCGAUCGAGGAGCAGGGGCUCUACAAUCCAGAGCGCCACGAUGAGGCAUGCAUGUGCCGCUUCCUUCGCGCACGAAAGUGGGACUUAGAAGCGUCGUUAGCAAUGUUUGAGGAGGCGGAAAAGUGGCGAAAAGAGUUCAAAGUGGACGAGCUGUACGACACAUUUGAAUACCCAGAGAAGCAGGAGGUGGACAAGUACUAUCCGCAGUACUACCACAAGACCGACAAGGAUGGACGCCCGGUCUACGUCGAGCAGCUCGGCAAACUCGACCUGAAGGCGCUGUACCAGGUAACAACGCCCGAGCGCCAGAUCCAAAAGCUGGUGGUCGAGUAUGAAAAGUUCCAGCGCGAGCGCCUGCCCGUCUGCUCAGCCGACCGGGGCGAGCUGAUCGAGACGAGCUGCACGAUCAUGGACUUGAAGAAUGUCGGCAUCAGCGCGUUCUGGAAGGUAUCGACGUACGUCCAGCAGGCUAGCAAUAUCGGCCAGCACUACUAUCCUGAGACGAUGGGCAAAUUUUACAUUGUGAACGCACCGUACAUCUUCACGACCGUCUGGUCAGUCGUCAAAGGCUGGCUUGACCCCGUCACAGUGGAGAAGAUCAAGAUCCUCGGCAGCGGAUUCGAGAAGGAGCUGAUGGAGCAGAUCCCGCCAGAGAACCUGCCAUCAUCGCUGGGCGGCAAGUGCAACUGCCCGGGUGGCUGCUCGCUCUCGAAUGCCGGCCCGUGGAACACGGAGAAGGGCAAGGAGAUCAUCGAGCAGGUACGCAGGGAGGAGGCGAGCAAGAAGGCCACGCAUGAGCGCCAGAAGAGCGAGAAGGCCGGCGCCGCUGCGCUGCCUUCGAAUGCGGACGCCGCGUCGCCGACGGCGGCGGCGGCGUGA